AGAGUCCUGAAUUUAGUUCAGCAAUUUGCGUGAAAAGGCAGAGGAAGAGGGAGUUGGACUUAGGAAUCCAGAAGAAAGCUUAGUUUCUGCUCUUCGUCCGCUCCGAGCGAGGAUCUGUCUCGCGGAACCGAGGCGCUUUCGGCGGCCCUGACCCUCUGCCAGGAGGAGCGGGGAAGGAGGUGCUUGAUCGGGCGGUGCCUGGGGCUGGAGGAAGUUUUGCACUUGGGCUGCCGAGUGGGGAGACCGAGAGGAGCGCCUCAGGGUGAGGGCGAGAACGGAGCGCGGAAAGGUUGGAUUCGAACCCAUCCUGCGUCCAGGUCCCUUCACCCAGCCGCGCGGCAGUUCCUUUCCCUUCAGCUGCCCCCAGCGCCGGCAGGAUGGGCGGAUCGAGCUCCAGUUUGCUGGACGAGAGCAAGUGCACUUACAUCCGAGGAAAGACUGAAGCAGUGAUCAAAAACUUCAGCCCACACUAUAAGCGCCAAUAUGCUGUAUCCUUUUGCAAGCACAUCCAGAAUGAACUGGAACAAAAUAGAGAUCUGCAGUCUCAAUUCUUAAAAAUAAAGCCACCUGGAUCAUCCAGCAUGGUCCUUUAUGAAGGAGAAGUGUCACAUUUUGCUGAAGACCUGAAGAAAUGGAAAGAGAGAUACAUAGUAAUUAAAAAUAAUUACGCUGUGGAAAGCUUUGAAAGCAAAGAGGCAUUCCAGAAAGGAGUAAGUUCAAAAACUUGUGUUCUCCCUGUUGGAGGCAAAGUGCUAAUUACAGGGGAAGAAUAUAACUUGCUAUCUGAUAAGCAUUUUCCAGAACCUAAUGGUUCCAGUGAAAAGGAGAAUACCCAGGCCUUUGUUGUCCCUCCAAAGGAAUUUCCAGUCUACCUAUGGCAGCCUUUCCUUAGACAUAGUUAUUACUGUUUUCCGGAUUCAGAAGCCCAGAAGCAAUUCAGCACCAUGUUGAACGAUUGCAUCAGACACUUAAACCAUGAUCCUUUCAAGCAGCCUUCCUUUGAAAGUCAAGCAUUUUUAGAAGCUGUCCAGUUUUUCCGUCAGGAGAAAGGCCAUUAUGGGCUGUCGGAAAUGAUUAUAGGAAAUGAAAAUCAGAUUCUUAGCAACCUUGUGAUGGAGGAGCUCCUACCUAGCCUUCAGAGCAUGGUGCUCCCUAAAAUGAAAGGAAAAAGAAACGACCGAAAGCGGGCAUGGUUUUGUAUUCUAGAAGAAACAUACCAUUUGGUCCAUGAUCAGGUAUCAGAUGGUUUACGUGCUCUAAAAGAAGAAUGCAAAAAGGUCACUCUAGGACUAGAGGGAACUAUUCGUUCAAAUAUAGACCAGAUUGUCACUUCGAAAGACUUUCUGGCUACAAAAAUAAAAGGGAGCAUAGCUGAACCUAUCCAGAUCUGUUGCAGUGAAAGUAUUCAGCCCUUUUUAGCUUCUGUACUAGAGGAACUCAUGGGGCCAGUGAGCUCUGGAUUCACCGAAGUCUGUCUGGUGUUUGAAAAGGAAGUCAACGCAAUCAGCCAAACCUUUCAAGCAACAAAUGAUGUUGCAACACUAAAUGAGAAUGUGAAUCACCUGAUGAACCUGCCAAACAACUCUGUCAAAAUGGAGCCUUGCUAUCUAAAAGUCAAUUUUCUUCAAGAGCAACACCAGGACCUCAAGACUCGCUUCAAAUUCCACAACAUUGACUUGGUUAUCCAGAGGACACAUAAUGUAAUGCAGGAGAUUCUGGAAAAUGCAGUAUACACAUUUGAGCAACUACUGGGUUUAAAUCACUCCAAAGACAUAACUAAAAUGGCAACAGCCAUUGAAAAAGUCAAACUUCGUGUUCUUAAGCAAUAUGAUUAUGACAGUAGUACUAUCCGGAAGAAAAUAUUUCAGGAUAUCUUGGUCCAGAUCACUCUGCCCACACUGCAGCGGACAUUGGCUUCAACAUAUAAACCGAUGCUUCAGGAGUAUGAGCAGUACAUCUUUGCUGAAUAUAACAGUGUGAUACAAGUUGAAAAUGUCUAUGAAGAGAUUCUGUUUCAGACACUGCUUGAUGAAUCCCUAAAAGUGAUAAAAGAAGCAGUCCAUCUGAAGAAACAUAACCUUUAUGAGGAAAUAAACCUGCCUUCUGAAAGCGUCUCCAGUUUGAGUGAUCUAAAAACUCCUGUAGAAUCAGCACAGGCUAGCCCAGCUAGAGUGCCAGCCCCCAAUUUAAUGGACGAAUCAGAUGCUGGCCUUGGAAGUAAUGAAGUUUUCUUAACAGAAAAACUCCAUCAAGAAGAAGAAGGUGAUGAAGCUAGGGAGACAAAAGAAGAGGGGAUAAUAAUUUCAGAUUUUGGUGGCAGUGAAUCUUGUCCAAAAAUAGUUACUGUUGUAGAGGGAGCCCUUCCAAUCACAAAUGUCAGUGAAAUCACAAUAGAACAAAAUAAAGAAACAGCAGAAGAAGAGCAUCCCGUUCAUGAUGAUGUGAAUGAAAUUAGAAAUUUGUUGACCUUGUCUAUUGAAUUGAAAGAAUAUGAACAGUCUGUGAACAAAGAACAUGAUUUACAGGAGUGUGGAAUGUCAAACUCAAAGGAAGAAGCAGAAGAAAAGAGCAAAGAGGAUUAUCAAGCAGGUGAUUCUCCCAUUGUGAAAGCAGAUGAUACAAAUAUUGUAAGUAGCUCUGGGGAAAUAAGCAGCAUAAUUCAUCAGGAUGCUUCUGAGAAGUCUGAAGAACAGAGUCCCAGUGAUAUCUCAAGGGAAGAGCUGAACACAGAGUCAAACAUUGCGCAUCCAGAUGAAAAGAAUGAUAGUACCUACGACCAGUCUCAGACAGAGCCAUCUACUGAAAGCGGACAAUCUGACCAGAGUAAAAUGGGCCCUUCAUCUCAUAAUGUUGUGUCUGAAGAACAAAAGUCACAAAGAGAGCCUGCUGAAGGUGAACAACCUAACCAGAUAAGAGAAGGAUUUUCCUCUAACCAUUCUUUUCCAAAGGAAGAUCAUUCCCAAAUGGGACAAUGUAUUAAAGCAGAUUCUCAGGAAGCAGAAUUGUCACUUCUGCAAUCUGCCCUGAGGGAAACAGAGAUAUCACCCUUCUUGAGCUGUUCUGUUGAAACUCAAGAAAGCAUGUUGCAUACAGAAUCUUUAAACAUUGAGUCACCCCCUCUGCUGGUUUCCUUAGAAGUAAAAGAAACUGAGGCUAGCGAUGUGGUAAGCAUGGACUCAGAAAAUGUCACUUUUGAUCAAGGGGGUGAUUCUGAACAAGCAGGUGAGUCCUUGCUGAAGACGGAUGAUGCAGAUAUAAUUAAGUGAUGAAAGUUGAAAAAAUACUGAGGGCGACUGUUCUGAUUCACCACUAGCAAAAUAGAACUUUGAAAAUUUAAAGCCUGAGCCCGAGUUAUGAUUACUUUCCCUAAACAAGAGGAAAUGGAGAGAUUUAUUCAAAUUCAUAACCUACUUGAGAGCCAUCUUUUAAUUUGAACCUGUGGUUUUCUGAAAAUUUGCAUUGUUUGAAUAAUACUCUUCUGCCAUUUGCUACUUCUUGUCACUUAUCCAGAAGUAAACAAUGAAAGAAUCAUCACUCAAGUGGUAAAGAAUGUUGCAAACUGUAAGUUAUAACAUAACAGGAUGUUUAGCCUUUCCUAUUUUUUGAAAAAUUCAUUGGGAAUAUUGAUUGUCCUGUAACAAUGAACAAUCUAUUUGUGGAUGAGAUGUCAGUGACUCUCAGUAGAAUUAGAAGGAAGUAUUGCAAGGGGGAAAAAUAUUGCACAAUAUAUAAUAAUAAU